CACUGUCACUGGCCCCAGGAACCAGGAAGCUCUCUGGCAUGGGGCCGGGGGGAGGAUGGUUCCUCACGCCCCCGACCCCCCAUGUCUGUGGUGAAGUCGAUCGAAUUAGUGCUGCCCAAGGAUGCAGUCUACCUGGCCGGCUCCACCGUGGAGGGCCAGGUGGUUCUAACCCUGUACAGCACCCUGGUGGACCCCGUAGUGAAGGUGGAGCUUGUAGGACGGGGUUACGUCGAGUGGAAUGAAGAGACCGGGGAGACCCUGGAUUAUAGCAGAGAUGUUAUUUGUAACAACAAGGCAGACUACGUGCAUAAAACUAAGACAUUCCCGGUGGCGGGUAACUGGUUAGGCGCGGGCAGCCACACCUUUGACUUCCAUUUCAACUUACCUCCCAGGCUGCCGUCCUCCUUCGCCAGCAAGACCGGCCACAUCUCCUAUUUCAUCCAGGCCUCCUGCAUGGGCCGCGAGCACAUCCUGGGCCGGAAGAAGGUCUACCUGCUGGUGCAGGGCACCUCAGAUGGCGUCCAGGAGAACUGCCCCCAGAGGCCCCUCAUGGUGCAGGUCGAGAAGAAAGUCUCCUACAACUGCUGCAGCCGGGGCACCGUGGGCCUGUGGGUGCACAUGGAUAAGAACGUCUUUACGCCGGGGGAGAAGGUGGCCUUCACCACGGAGAUCCACAACCAGACCGGCAAGUGCCUCCGCUCGGUGGUGGCGGCUCUGCACGCGCACGUGCAGUAUCAAGGCUUCACGCCCAGCGCGGAGCGCCGCUGCCGCACGGACAGCACCCAGCUGCUGCGCCAGGAGGCCAGCGCGCACAUCGGAGCCUUCACCACCACCAAGAUGGUCAGCACCUUCAGCCUCCCGCUGCUGCUGGCCGUGAGUGGCAGCGGGCGGCAGCACGAGCUCAUGCACACGCGCUACGAGCUGGUGGUCACCGUGCCGCUGCCCUGGUCCCUGAGCAGCGUCAAGGCCCGGCUGCCCAUCGUGGUCACCCGCAGCCCCGCAGACUCCAGCAGCCAGCUGCUGGUCCUCGGGGGUGUGAGCCCCGAGCUGGGCGCUCCAGGAGGACGCGAGCAAACUCCUGGGGAGUAAAGGCUUUAUCUCACUCCUGUGUCUCACAGGUGACACUCCGGGGUCGGGGCCCAGCCGCACGGCGUGGGCCUUUUAUCGCUGCUGUUAUUUUUGCAGCAGUGGGGACAGAACCCAGGGCCUCACGCUCAGCCCAGUUUACCUUUUAUUUGAGACAGGGUCUUGCGAAGUCACUGAGUUCCCCAGGCCCGGAUGGAACUUGGGACCCUCCUACCUCAGCCUCCCAGAGUGCUGCCCUGACAGGCUUUCAUUUCUGCAUCCGUCCGGCUGGCUCUUGCCCUCCCUCCCUUUCCCUGAGGGGUGCUGGGGAUCAGCGCCAGGGUCCCACGCGUGCAAGUGAAGUGCUCCCCACUAAGCACCCCUCCACUCCCAGGUUGUCUCCGAUUCACCCACAAUCUGUAUUUUCAGGGUCACAUUCUGGCUGAAGCUAGGCAGGGUCUGAAAGCUCUGUCAUGCCAGCACCCGGAAGGCUGGGGCAGGAGAAUGCUGUGAGCCCAGGGCCAGCCAGGCCUGAAAUCCUGUCUCAAAAACAAACAAAAAGAACCUCCGGCCUUGUGGGCGUGCCCCGUGCUCCCCCGGUGUGAACUCUCUGAUCCUCAGAAUUAAUGGAGGUCACCAGAUGGCCCCCAAAGCUGUUGCUUAUCUUUUAGCUGUUUGUUUGGUGACCCACAAGUAACCUACAGAAGGGGAUCCCAGAUCAUGUGAUUGCUGCCCUCCUGCUCACUAUGUAUUCCAGAUUGGCCUUGAAUUUACAGAGAUCCUCCUGCCUCGGCCUGCCUAGUGCUGGGAUUAGGGGCGUGUGCUGCCACGCCCCGCUUGCCUAUUCUUUUUUAAUCCCUUUCUCAAUUGCACUGUAGGUUUUUCAUUUGUCUCAUGAUCUCUUCAAAGCCCAGCUCAGCACCUCUUCCUCCAGGAAAGCUUCUGGCACACCAGGCGGGACCCCGCACUCUCCUCUCCACCCCUCUGCCGGGCCCUGACACGUGGGUGACCCUCCAGUUUCAUUCCCACAGACACGCGUGCACGCUGGUGGCUCAGGGUCCCCAAGGCAGGAAAGCUAAG